AUGGUCGACUACAAUGUUAAGGUUUACAUCGCGUGCAGCUCGAUACUGUAUCUAAAGUUUCUAUUUGCGACUAUGAUGCAAGGCGGCAUAAAGUUUAGCUCGGGUGGUCGUCCGCCUGAGGACGCCUGUCUGAGUAUGGCCAAGACCAUUGGCAAGGGCUGCAAGCAGACUUACGGUCUGGACAAGACUGAUGACGAGAAGGUGUUAAAGGCCCGUGAGUUAGAGCAUCGCUGGACGCGCAUUGUGAGCAACGACCUUGAGUCGAUUCCUUUCGCGCUCUUCAUUUUUGGAUGCGGCAUCUUGGCCCGAAGCAACACCACGGUACACACUGCUUCCAUGCUCAUUUACACGAUUGUCCGUUGCCUGCACACCUACGUGUAUGCGUAUGCGAUGCAGCCGCAACGUGCGAUCUGCUGGAGUCUAGGUGUCGGGGUCACACUGGUGGGCAUUGCGAAUGCUGUUAUUGCCAUUUUAUAA